GACUGGAAGCCUUCUCUGAUGAUCCUGUCCUAGUAAAGACUCUGGAAUCGCAGACAUGCUCCAAGAUACUUGCUGUGGAAAUACUGGAAAAGAGUGAUAUUCCUCUUCUAGUUCUCUAUGACACUUCCGGAGAAGAUGAUAUCAACAUCAAUGCUACUUGUCUAAAGGCAUUGUAUGACAAGUCCCUUGAACUGCACCUACAGGUAGAUGCACUAUAUAAAAAUGUCAGAGUAACCAGUGUUUUCUCUGAUGGAAGCCUGUAUUGCCAAGUGCCAUAUAAAGGACUGUCUAGACUUUCUGAAGUCUUGCAGAAGUUAGAAGACUACUUCCAUUACAAGACACACACAUCUGAGUUUAAUGUAUCACUGCCUUUCUGUGGCAAAAUCUGCUUGUUUCCUUCUAAAGGAAAAUGGGCACGUGUAGAGAUAAGAAUUAUUUACACUAGCCAGGCACUUGAUGUGCUGUUCAUGGAUACUGGAAUAAUUGUAACUGUAAAAGUAUCAGAGCUUAGAGAAAUCCCACCACAAUUCGUGAGAGAACUAAUUGCAAUACCUCCUCAGGCUAUAAAAUGCUGCCUAGCAGAUCUGCCUCCUAACACUGGCAUGUGGACUCCAGAUGCUGUACUGUGCCUGAGAGACACUGUAAUGAAUUGUCCUGAAUUUGGCAUGAAGGUGGUUAAACAGGAAGGUUCGAAGGGAAUUGCACAUGUUUACUUGUUUGCUUCAGAGAAUUUUCAAGACAUGGUUCAUAGCAUCAAUCAACAGAUCAAAAAUGCAGACUUGUGGAAGCAUCAGAAAGAUGUUUUCUUGAGUGUUACACCCAGUGGUACUAGCUCCACAAAAGUGACAAGUGAGGCUCUUUCAGGUCUCCAAUUAACUAGUGGAAAGCUAGAGAAGAGUUUCUCUGAUUCAGCCCCAGAACCCAGCAGUGCGGUAUCUACCACUGAUAUGCCUCCACCUCUACCUUUGUCAAAGACUGGUGAGCUCAUGGAUGUCUAUGUCUCAGUGGCGUGCCAUCCAGGUCAUUUUAUUGUCCAGCCUUGGAAAGAGCUACAUAAUCUGGAAGCCCUAAUGGAAGAAAUGAUCUUGUACUACAGCAGGGCAGAAGAGAAACCUGUGAAUAUCGAGAAAAACAAACUGUAUGCAGCUAAAAUUGAAAACCAGUGGUACAGGGUCAUAAUAAAAGGAAUUCUUAGAAAUGGGUUUUUGUCAGUAUAUGAGCUGGACUAUGGUAAACAUGAAUUUGUCAGCACAGAGAAAGUACAGCCUCUUACGGAUGCGUUUAGAAAACUGCCUUUCCAAGCUAUAACAGCUCAGCUUGCAGGAGUGAAAAGCCAGCAGUGGUCAGAAGAGGCAUCAAUAGUGUUUCGGAAUCUUGUAGAGAAGAAACCCUUGGUGGCACAGAUACAGGCAGUUAAUGAAAGCACUAACUCUUGGGAUCGAAAAAUUGUAACUUUUCUAGUGGAUACAUCUCUUCCAGAUACCGAUCUAUGGAUUCAUGAUUUCAUGUCUCAAAGUCUUGUGGAAUUUUCAAAGGAUGAUUAA